ACAUCCGGAGCAACAGCUUCAUAUCCCGGAUACAAGAGAGCCAGAGUGCUGCCGAAGACAACCCACCUUUAACGGUUUGGUUUAUAAAGGAUAAACAGGUGCAUCUCGGUUCACGAUGUCUCAGAACCAGGUGAUCCUGCAGUUCCGCUUCGCCACAUUCGGCGACUCGAUGCUGCAGAAGAUGAACCUCCUGAGACACCAGAGGCGAUUCUGUGACGUCACGGUUCGCAUCAACCAGCUGGAGGUCCCCGGUCACAAAGUGGUGUUCGCCGCCGGAUCCUCUUUCCUGAGGGACCAGUUCAUCCUGCAGCAGGACUCCAGGGAGGUGCAGAUCUCCAUGAUCCAGGAGGCGGAGGUGGGCCGGCAACUACUGCUCUCCUGCUACACGGGACAGCUGGAGUUUCCCGAGCUGGAGCUGGUGCAUUAUCUGACCGUCGCCAGCUUCCUGCAGAUGGGCCACAUUGUGGAGCAGUGCACUGAGGCUCUCAGUAAGUUUAUCAAACCUGCACGCAAGCUGGAAGUGGAAGUGGAGGUGAGAAGAGAGAAGGAAGAGGGGUUGUCCAAGAGAGAGCUGGAGGUUCGGACUGUCCACCAGAAUAAGCAGGACAACGAGGAAGAUGAUCGUGAUAGUGAUGAUGAUGAUGUGAUUAUACAGCCUAGUUCCCCUCCUCAGAUCUUAAGCAGGUGUCCAAAGCAGCAGGCUGACGUUGAUAUCGCAAUCGUAAAAGUGGAAUCGGUGUCUGACGAAGCAGAAAACUCCUCCGUCGCUCACUUCCCCAGGAGCCCACCUCCCGCCCUGCACUCCCCCGAGCCCCAGCACUCCCUCAUCAACUCCACCGUGGACAGUCGUUGCGGCGAAACUGCGGCGCCCCCCGGGGUGUCGGGAUACCCCCUCAGUCCUGUGAGCCCCCCGCCUCCAUCACCUCCUGCUGAGAAGCACAGCGUCCACCAGAGGAACUACGACAAACCCCUGCAGUGGUACCACCAGUGCCCCAAAUGCUCCCGUGUUUUCCGGCAGCUGGAGAACUACGCCAACCACCUGAAGAUGCACAAGCUGUUCAUGUGCUUGCUGUGCGGGAAGACCUUCACGCAGAAAGGGAACUUGCACCGACACAUGAGGGUUCACGCCGGGAUCAAGCCCUUCCAGUGUAAGAUCUGCGGGAAGACCUUCACGCAGAAGUGUUCGCUGCUGGAUCAUCUGAACCUGCACAGCGGGGACAAGCCGCACCGAUGCAACUACUGCGACAUGGUGUUCGCUCACAAGCCUGUUCUCCGUAAACACCUGAAACAGAUCCACGGGAAGAACAGCUUCGACAACGCCAACGAACGCAGCCUGCAGGACGGGGGGAUUGACUUUGAUUUUGGGCAAAUAUGACAUUUUUGUUGAAUGCAUUCAGUCAUUUACACGUAGACUUUCCCACUGGUGGAAUAUUAUCAAUCUAAAUAACAGUCCUGAGAAACUCACAGCUGUUUCCAUUUUCUGAGUUGGGAAGACUUUAUUCAAACUUCCAUGUGAAGAGAUGUCCAUGUGCUUACAAACAUAGAUGCUUUCAAGCAGAUGAGCUGUAUGUUAUUGCUCUGCGCUUUAAGACUUUAAGAACAUAUUCAUCUGUUGCCGGUUCUCCGUAAACACUUCAAACAGAUCCACUGGAAGAACAGCUUCGACAAAGCGAACAAAGGCAACCUUGACUUUGAUUUUUGGGCAAAUAUGAGCAAACAACUCUGGAUUCAGCUUUUAACGCUUUUUACAACUUGCAGACCCUAAUGGUUUUAAUUAAGGGCUAUAAAAGUGAUCGUUUUUUGUAAUUUAUUUAGCUACAAAAAAAUGAUUUACAGAUGUCUAUAAGUCAAUGGUAAAAAGUAUUUGUCACGGAAGCUGUAGUACAACCGUUUGGCCACUACGACCAUUCAUACAAAUCUGUGAACUUUUUUUUUGCAGUUUUGUUUAAGGCAGGGGUGUCAAACUCAAUUUCAUCGCGGGCCACAUUCGCAUAAA